AUGAGUAUCAAAAAUCUGGCUGAUCUCUGCGACGACAGCCUCUAUUAUAUUUUUGAUUAUUUAUCCAGCGAGGAUCGCAUUAGUCUCGCGCAAGUAUCCCAAAGAUUUCGAAAUGUUUUUGUCGAUAAAUACGGCAGCAAGUACAGUGACUAUACCCUAAUUGCUGCCAGUUCUCGUUUGGAGCUUAUAGAGUUCUGCAUCUGUCGGGUAGUGGUGAAGUCUUUAACCAUCGAUUUGGAUCAUUUCGAUACGAAUAGAUACUUUAGAAACUAUGGUUGCAUAGCUCCCAAAAACUGCUUUCAAAUCCUGUGUCAUACUUUGGCGGGAAUGGUCCGGUUGGAGCAUUUAUCAAUAAAACAAUUAAAAGAUCUAGUCACACCGAUUAAAAGAUUGUUUGAUCAAAUACUAGAGCCCAUUAGAUUAUUGACAAAUCUAAAAAGUCUGCAGAUCGAAGCAAGAGAUGAUUGUGUUCUCAACCACUUGUCACAACUCCAAUACCUCGAAAGCCUGACCCUUCUGGUUCCCAAAGUCCCUGUUGCAACUUUGGUCAAGUGCUGCAAGUUCAAUACCAAUCUCAGGGUACUGCAUCUUGGAUACUCGUGUGUCCAGGGAAGCAUAGGUGACAUCGUGCCACACUGUAAUAAGCUAGAAGUUCUCAAGUUCGGAAUGACGGCAGAAGCCUCAACCUACAAGCCACUGGCAAGACUUCCCAGGCUCAGGGAGCUCUACCACUUUGGUAUCCGCAGAAGUGGCUCCUUCGAGCCUCUCCUCUCCGAUCUGGCCACUCAUCCGCAGCUGACCCAUCUCUCCAUUGACGGGGGAAGUCUCACUCUCCCGGAGGCAACACAGCUAGUCCGCAUCCGGAGUUUGACCCACCUGAAGUGCUUUUUCUUCACCAUCGAGCCCUUGGAGUUGCUAGCUGACCUGGUGAACCUGGAGGAGCUGUGUAUAUGGAUGUCCUGUUCCGUGGACAUAUCCAAUAGCCUUCUUAAAAUCAUAGCAAGCUGCAAGAAUCUGAAGCUUCUUCGACUGGCAGCGGGAAAGGUCAAAACCACAUUUUUUCAAGAAGCAAUAGACUUCAUCAAAAAGGAUAAAGAAACUGAAAUAUUGAAACCAACAUUAAAAUUGGAACUUCCGAAUGAUAUUAAUAAGCAAGAUAUUACUCAGGAGGUUUUUAAUAAAUUAUAUUAUCCAUUUCCCAUCGGCAGAUGGGUUCCAUCUGCCCAUUUGAUGGGCAGAUUGGAUAAGCUCAUCAAAUGGAAUACAUUCAAUAAUGAUUGAGCUAUAGG